AUGGCCAUGUCAGCUACUGGUUCAUUCUCAACUUUGAUAUCGAAAUUGCUUAUUGAUAUUGAUAUUGAAUCUUAUAAUGAACACACAAAAAAAAUUGCAGCUUGCGCUUUCGAUGGCUGGCAAAAAGUUGCAAACUUAAAGUUUAUUUAUUCAGUAAAAAAUCCUAAUAUAUUAAUAUCGUUUAAAUCCUUUGAUCAUAAAUAUUCAACACGAUGUAAAAGAGGUGGUCAGAGCACAUGGAGAGAAUUUUUGACACUUCCAAAUAUACUUAAGGUAUUUAAUCCAAAAUUACAAGGAUAUGCAGUUAAAGCUUCACUUAAUACUCAAAAAGAAGCACAAUUUAAUGUGGCACAAACUGGUGCUAUGUCCAUGGAUGUUCCACAUAUGACGGAUCUUUUAGUAAAGAGGUUAAAAACUCAUUCACAUAUAAAUUUUAAUGAGGAUUGGAAGAUUACCGAUAAAAUUUGCGAAGCAAAACCAAUAAAGAAAAAGUUCGUAAGGAGCUUUAUCCCUUGCGAGUUUUUUCCUGAGCUUUCAUCGCAGACUUGGAACAAUAUUUAG